AUGUCAAUAUGUGAUAUUUGUGAAUUGUGCGUUGGUAUUUGUGAAUGUUGUGUUGCUUGUUUUGAGUGUUGUGGAUCCUUAAAGUCAUGCGAUUGUAAAAAGUCUGACUGCAAGGAUUGUUGCGAUUGUUGUUGUGAUUGCGACUGUGACUGUUGUAAAAGCAAAAAGUCUAAAACACCGCCACCUGCUGACCCCCCAGCUAUGACACCACCCGAGCCGGAAAUUAAAAUGAGUGAAACAAGUACUUGUGGCCAAACCAUGAACCCACCGACAUCUAAUACGUACCCACCACCUGUUCAAAACCCGCCAGGCUAUUACAGUGGUCAACAGCAGAUGGUACAAAUGAAUCCAACUAUGGGAUAUACGUGUCCUCCACCAAAUUCAUAUUCACAAUACCAACCAACUGAUAUUCAAAUGCAACAACAACAAAGUGUCAUGGAUCAGGGAAUUAGUAUGAACAACCAAAACGGACAAUACGGGGCAGUACCGCUACAAACUAAUCAACAAAUGCAAGGUCAACAAGAAAUGAACACACAACCACAAAUAGCUCCACAACUGGUGACUCAAUAA